CUUGUGGGUAGGGCCUGGCCGCCAGGUGACAGCUAAUGGCGGCUGCCGCCUGACGUGGGCGGACCAGCUGCGGAGCAAGGUGACAGGCGGGGCGUGGCCGGGCGCCGGGCACUGCCCACCGCAGCUCUCCCGAGACGCCGGCGCUCCGCACGCUAUGGACAGGCCGGUGGCGGCGGCGGCGGGCUGCGAGGGCGCGGGGGGCCAGGGGCCGGGGCCGGGCGUUGGCUGGAGACCUCGGGCGGCGGGGGGCGCCUCCGCCGGCUCCCGGCAACCCAGCAUAGAGACGCUGGACAGUCCUACAGGGUCACAUGUUGAAUGGUGUAAACAGCUUAUAGCUGCUACAAUCUCUAGUCAGAUUUCAGGUUCAGUGACAUCAGAAAAUGUGUCCAGAGAUUACAAGGUUUUCAGGAGGCCUGAUACAAGGAGUAUUCAUAAAGCAAGACAAAGAGUGGAGAUAGAGGAAGAACACAAUGGCUACCCUUCUGAAGCUGAAGCUGAUCAGGCUUUAAGGGAUGGAAAUAAACUGGCACAGAUGGAAGAAGCUCCACUUUUUCCAGGAGAAUCAAUUAAGGCCAUUGUGAAAGAUGUCAUGUAUAUCUGCCCAUUUAUGGGAGCAGUGAGUGGAACCCUGACGGUGACGGACUUUAAAAUGUACUUCAAAAAUGUAGAGAGGGACCCACAUUUCAUCCUUGAUGUUCCCCUUGGAGUGAUCAGCAGAGUUGAGAAGAUUGGAGCACAGAGCCAUGGAGACAAUUCUUGUGGUAUAGAGAUCGUGUGUAAGGAUAUGAGGAAUUUAAGACUUGCAUAUAAACAGGAGGAACAGCGUAAACUUGGGAUAUUUGAAAACCUCAACAAGCAUGCGUUUCCUCUUUCCAAUGGACAGGCACUGUUUGCAUUCAACUAUAAAGAAAAGUUUCAAGUUAAUGGCUGGAAAGUUUAUGAUCCAGUGUCUGAAUAUAAGAGACAGGGCUUGCCAAAUGAGAGUUGGAAAAUAUCCAAAAUAAACAGUAAUUAUGAGUUCUGUGAUACUUACCCUGCCAUCAUUGUUGUGCCAACUAGUGUAAAAGAUGAUGACCUUUCAAAAGUGGCAGCCUUUCGAGCAAAAGGCAGAGUCCCUGUGUUGUCAUGGAUUCACCCAGAAAGCCAGGCAACAAUUACACGUUGCAGCCAGCCUCUGGUGGGUCCCAAUGAUAAACGCUGCAAAGAAGAUGAAAAAUACCUGCAGACAAUAAUGGAUGCUAAUGCACAGUCACAUAAACUUAUCAUCUUUGAUGCCCGACAAAACAGUGUUGCUGAUACCAACAAGGCAAAGGGCGGAGGAUAUGAAAGCGAAAGUGCUUACCCAAAUGCAGAGCUUAUAUUCUUAGAAAUCCACAAUAUUCAUGUGAUGAGAGAGUCACUGCGUAAAUUAAAGGAGAUUGUGUACCCUUCCAUCGACGAAUCACGGUGGCUCUCCAACGUGGAUGGAACACAUUGGCUGGAAUAUAUAAGGGUGCUUCUUGCUGGGGCAGUGCGAAUUGCUGAUAAAAUAGAAUCUGGGAAAACCUCUGUGGUGGUCCACUGCAGCGAUGGUUGGGACCGAACAGCCCAGCUCACAUCUCUGGCAAUGCUGAUGUUGGACAGUUAUUACCGUACCAUUAAAGGAUUUGAAGCUCUCAUAGAAAAGGAGUGGAUAAGCUUUGGACAUAGGUUUGCACUGAGAGUGGGCCAUGGUGAUGACAACCAUGCAGAUCCUGACCGAUCGCCUAUAUUUCUUCAGUUUAUUGAUUGUGUUUGGCAGAUGACAAGACAGUUUCCUUCAGCAUUUGAGUUUAAUGAACUAUUCUUGAUUACAAUUUUGGAUCACCUCUAUAGCUGUCUCUUUGGGACUUUUUUAUGCAACUGUGAACAGCAGCGAGUCAAAGGGGAUAUAUAUACAAAGACUAUAUCUUUAUGGUCUUAUAUCAAUAGCCAACUAGAUGAAUUUUCAAAUCCCUUCUUUGUGAAUUAUGAAAAUCACGUGUUAUACCCUGUUGCUAGUAUGAGUCACUUGGAAUUAUGGGUAAACUAUUAUGUACGAUGGAAUCCACGGAUGAGGCCACAGAUGCCAAUUCACCAGAAUCUCAAGGAGCUGCUAGCUGUCAGGGCUGAGCUACAGAAGCGGGUGGAGGAUCUGCAGCGGGAGGUGGCCACACGGGCCAUCUCAUCAUCUUCUGAGAGGGGCUCAUCACCUACCCACUUGGCCACUCCUGUGCACACCUCAGUCUGAUGGGCAAGGCCAGUGUCUUGGGCCAUGCUGCUGCUCCACUGUCUCCCAGCAGUUCAGGGACCCAGCCAUUGCUGUAUGGCUGUAGCUUGUCAUCUUAUCUCUUAGGAUUAGGCCCAGGGACCGUUUGUGUGGCUAGGUGACAGUUACCACUGUCAGCAAGUGCUCUUUGUGUGUGUGUGUGUGUGUGUGUGUGUGUGUGUGUGUGUGACCAGCCCGUGACCCUCCUGAGGGCAGACUCACAGGGGAGCCACCUGUCACACCCACUGUGAUCCAUCUUCCUCCUGUCCAGGUAGCUUGGGAGAAACUAAAGUGAACCCAAUGCAGUAGUUCAGGUCAAAAAUCUCACACCAUUUCUUUCUAAAUCGUUUCUUCACUAGAAACAACCCAUUCACAA